CGUGCUCUGCCUAAGGACAACUUCUGCCCUCCUGAAGUCAUCUUUCUUCCCGAAAUAUCCCUUUUCAGUUGUAUUGUCUUGACUUGCAGUAUGGACAAAGUGCAGGCGUUCGGAAAGAACCUUAGUGCGAGCUUUUCGCCUUUCGCUGCGCGCACGCAGCAGAUGAUCAAAGAGCAGUUGGGUCAAGCCGAAGACAAGACUCAACUUCCCGAUGAAUAUCUUGAGCUUGAGAAGCGCGUGGACGCUCUUAAGUUGGUCCACCAGAAGCUCCUUCAGGUGACCUCGCAGUACUCUAACGAGGCCUACGACUACCCACCCAACAUUCGCGAGUCAUUCAACGACCUGGGCCGGACCAUCGGUGAAAAGGUUCAGCUUUUAUCUCAAGCUUCUUCCCCUGCGGAGGCCCAGGCUGCCCUGACUGCCCCUCCUUCGGCCAAGCCUCAGCCUAAGACCUUCAACCAUGCCAUUGCCCGUGCCUCUCUGUCCGGAUCUCAGACUCUGGCGCAGAGCUCCACCGGCGAGGAUCCUCUGGCCACUGCCCUGGAGAAGUAUGCGCUAGCCUCGGAGAAAGUAGGUGAGGCCCGUCUGUCGCAGGAUGGACAGAUCCAGUCGCGCUUCCUCGCUGGGUGGAACACGACCCUCAACACCAACCUCCUGUUUGCGGCCAAGGCGCGCAGAAAUGUCGAGAACGCCCGUCUUAUGCUGGACUCGGUCAAGGCUAGCAAGAAGGCAGCUGCUAGGGGUGAUCUGGACAACUUGAGCGAGGAGGCCCGUCAGGAGAUCGAACAAGCCGAAGAUGAGUUCGUCAGCCAGACCGAGGAGGCUGUGAGCGUCAUGAAGAAUGUUCUGGACACUCCUGAGCCUUUGAGAAACCUGGCGGACUUGAUCGCCGCCCAGCUUGAGUUCCACAAGCGGGCUUAUGAAAUCCUCAGCGAGCUGGCUCCUGUGGUUGAUGGCUUACAGGUUGAACAAGAGGCUAGCUACCGCAAGAGUCGUGAGGGAGCUUAGAACACCCCUUUGAAUCUAUUUCUUCUUUUCACGCUUUCGUUACGUUCUUCUUUUGGCCAGCUGUUAUGGAACCCUCGGAUUACGUUGUGAACUACCCCUGAUGCACUGAAGAUGUUUUAUAUCCCCCAAUUUAUGGACAUGUAGGGU